CCGGAAGCUUUCACUCGAGUAGCGCGUGGGGUAAUGUCGGCCAGCGGGGCUGUGCAGCCCGGACCUCCGGGGGCUGCCGUCGGCCCCUCGCCCACCGCGGCUGCGUUAUCAGACACCGGACCUUUGUUCCGGCCCCUCAGCGCCGAGGAUGAGGAGCAGCAGCCCACUGAGAUCGAGUCACUGUGCAUGAACUGUUACCGGAACGGCACGACGCGACUUCUGCUCACUAAGAUCCCCUUCUUUAGAGAAAUAAUCGUGAGCUCCUUUUCCUGUGAGCACUGUGGCUGGAACAACACCGAGAUCCAGUCAGCAGGAAGGAUCCAGGACCAAGGAGUGCGCUACACCUUGACCGUUAAGGGCCAAGAGGACAUGAACAGAGAAGUGGUGAAGACAGACUCAGCCACCACAAGGAUCCCCGAGCUGGAUUUUGAAAUUCCAGCUUUCAGCCAGAAGGGAGCUCUGACCACUGUGGAAGGACUCAUAAGCCGCGCAAUCUUGGGCCUGGAACAGGACCAGCCGACACGACGGGCAAUGGAAGGUGCUAUAGCCGAAAGAAUUGAUGAGUUCAUUGGCAAACUGAAGGACCUAAAGCAAAUGGCUUCCCCGUUCACGCUGAUCAUUGAUGAUCCCUCGGGAAACAGCUUUGUAGAAAACCCACACGCUCCUCAAAAAGAUAGCGCCUUGGUGAUCACAUACUACGACCGGACCCCACAGCAAGCUGAGAUGCUGGGGCUCCAAGCAGAAGCACCAGAAGAGAAGUCGGAAGAGGAAGACCUUAGAAACGAAGUGCUCCAGUUCAACACAAACUGCCCAGAGUGCAACGCCCCCGCUCAGACCAACAUGAAGCUUGUCCAAAUCCCCCACUUUAAAGAGGUUAUCAUCAUGGCCACCAACUGUGAGAGGUGUGGGCAUCGGACUAAUGAGGUGAAGUCUGGAGGAGCUGUAGAACCUUUGGGUACCAGGAUUACCCUCCACAUCACAGAUCCCUCAGACAUGACCAGAGACCUCCUCAAGUCUGAGACCUGUAGUGUAGAAAUCCCAGAGCUCGAGUUUGAACUGGGAAUGGCUGUACUUGGGGGCAAGUUCACCACUCUCGAAGGACUGCUGAAAGACAUCCGAGAAUUGGUAACCAAAAACCCAUUCACGCUGGGCGACAGCUCCAAUCCUGACCAGUCAGAGAAACUGCAGGAGUUUAGCCAGAAGUUGGGCCAGAUCAUCGAGGGCAAGAUGAAAGCCCACUUUAUCAUGAAUGAUCCAGCAGGAAACAGUUACCUGCAGAACGUGUAUGCACCUGAAGAUGACCCGGAGAUGAAGGUAGAGCGGUACAAGCGCUCCUUUGACCAAAAUGAGGAGCUCGGCCUCAAUGACAUGAAGACAGAGGGCUAUGAGGCAGACCUGGCCCCACAGCGGUAGCAGUGGGCAGCCCACAGGCCAGCUGCAGGGCACUCACACUGCAGGGUUCUUUGUUACUGUUGGAGAAGGCUGAGUGUUCAAGCCCUCCUCCGUGGUGAGGAGGAAACCACCUGAGUUAGAAAUCUAAGCACACGAGGUUAGCAGCUGACAAUGAUGCGGCUGCAGGCCUACUGUGCUUCUUGACCUUCCUUUGGCGGUUUUAAGUCAGUGUGAGAAGAACGCCACAAACACCAUGCGUCUGCCAUCACCUUUUGUCUGUCAGCUCUCUGGCCUCCAGUGCUGGACCUUUGAAGUCUGAAGUGUGGAGAAGCGAAAUACAAGUUGCAGCUGGCUUUGGGCUUAUGCAGUGCUAACUUUCAGCAUAGAAGAAUGACUGAGGGCAGGCACAGGUAAAGGAGCUUACAUUAAAGUGAUGGCUUUUAAACAACACCUGCCUCGGCAUUUGUGUCCUUCCUGAAUACCAUGGUGUUAGAGCCCAGCUGCCUAAGUUGGGUCACACUGAGUCACACACACCUGCAGUCCCAGCAUGGAGGAUAGCUUGAGCCAUAGUGAGAUUCUGUCUAAAUGAAAAGAAAAUAGGAAAAAAAAUUAGUUUCCCAAACAAAUCUUCAGGUGGCUGCUGUCACUGGGCUGUCAGAGGCAGCAUUUCAGUUACUCCAACAGACCAUCGUGCCUGCUCUGAGCCCGGCACACGUGUGGAGUCCAGCUGUUCUCAUGCAUCUUAAAGUAGUCUGGAAAGCAGGGUGGCACAUACCUUAAUCCCAGCAGAAGCAGGCGGGUCUUUGGGCCAAUCUGGUCUACAGAGCAAGUUCCAGGACAGCCUGGGCUACGUGGAGAAACCCUGUUUUGAGACAAAACAAAUCAGACUGGAUAACCUGCAGCACCCGUGGUUGGCCCCUGCUAGCAAAAACCAGAGCCGGGCAGUAUGAAGAUGUAUGGGUUCCUGUACUUAAACAAACUUAGCAUCUAUGAAGGAGGCUAAUAAAACUGAUGGCCAUGUCAUGGUUUAUACAUAGUCCUGCUACUUGGGAAACUGGGGAAGAAGGGAAACAAAUUUAGGGGCAGCCUGGGCAAUUUAAUUUAGUAAGGUGUUCAACAUUCAAAAAGGGGUGGGGAUGAAUUUAUCCUAUAGAACUCUUGCCUACCAUGUGUGAAAGGGCUUGGGUUUAAUCCUCAGCACCAGAUGAAGAAAAAACAGUUGUGAGCGUUAAGUGAGUCACAAACACUUAAGUCUAUAGAAGAAAGGCUAGAAUCUUCCUAGCUUUCUUUUCUUUGUCGCUGAAUCCAUGUCGUCUUCACUGGGAAGAUUCCACAUCAUUUUCUUGAGAGACAAUACCAAAGGUGAGAAGGUCAGUACAGGUUUGAUAAAAACCUAUCAAAUUUUCAUAGUCACAAUACUAGGGAUGGAGUUUGACUUCCCCUAAGUGGUACCUGGAAGCCUGUUCCAGACUUCCCACCAAAGGUAUUUAUACCAUUAAAAGUG